AUGCCCACCUACGUGGAGACCAACAAGACUGACGCUAUCACCUGCUACACCCGACGACCCAAAGACUAUGCCGCCACAGCAAACAUAACAGCUGGUAAACAACAUAUAAGGGCUCCGUCGAAGGUAAAAGAAAGCCUAGUUGACGGCAUUUAUGGCUUCAAUUCUGAAGAAGGUUUCAAAACCACUACAAAAGACAAAGACAAAUGGUUUGUAUUAGAUAUGGGAAAAGAAGUAACCUUCACGCACGUUCUGCUUAUCGCACAACGAACCUCUACGGCUAACAGGACGGCGGAUAUUGAGGUACGAGUGGGAACAUCAGCCGUGAUGCCUCCUGAAGGGUUCACUGCUUAUAGCCUCUUUGGUUGGUUUCCUGGGCCAGCUUAUCCUAAUCAAGAAAUAGUCCUGACCUCCCCGCAGCCCGUGUCAGCCAGGUUCAUCUCGGUGCAGAAGAUGUCUGGUAAAUCUCCACUCCACCUUAAUCACGUGGAAGUGUAUUAA